AUGGUAUCAAUUGAACUUUCCGAGCGACAUAUCUGGACUUGGAUAAUUGACAUCCUGGUGACCAGUGCAGAGCGCGACCGGUACAGGUCUCCCGAGGCUGCGUGCACCUUGAUGCGACUUGCUCAACAACAUUGGAACAAAGACUUGGGAGUCCGAGAACCACAGUCCGUUCAAGACGAAUGGGACAAGAACGACAUCUCCCUCGUUCAAUCUCUGUGGGAUUCUGCACGAGACCACAGGGAUCGCGGCUUCGACGAUGCCGCGCUUGCUCUUUUACACAGCGCGCAGUACUUCUGGAGAGCAAGCUUGUGUAUUCCGAAGCCCGAAUGGGAGCAGCCCGAAUGUCCAAUCUGUUGCACCCAAUUCAAGGAGGAAGAAGCAUACAGACAUGGUAAAUGCGCGCCCAUAUGUUUGGAUUGCAAAAACAAAUGGACGAGGACACGUCAAACUUGUCCCACUUGUCCUUUCUGUCGCGGCAGAAUUAACGACUUGCACCAUCAUGCUGACUUGGAUGACGAACUUGACGACUCCGACUAUGAAAUCGAUUACUCCCAACAAUAG